CUGGCAGCAGCCAACUGUAUCACAAAGGGUUACAUGCUGCAAAGAAGGAAAACUGGGAGGGUUAGUGAUCCAAAGUCAACCCCAUCCCUUUAUGCAGAGCAGGCUGUAACUCAUCUGUGUUUCAGUGACUCCAGCAGCACUGAUCUUGUACAAACAUCCAGCUAAAGCCAUGGCUGGAUACAGAGCUUUCUCUCUCAUCCUUCUCACCCUGAGUCUGGCAGCUCCAGCCUUGGCCCGUUCAAAACUUUUGGUGUUCCUGAUCGAUGGCUUGAGAUUUGAUUAUAUUAAUGAUGAAGAACUUGAAAUGCUUCCAGGCUUUAAGCAGAUUGUGGAAAGUGGCGUUAAAGUGGAUUACAUGACUCCAGACUUUCCUAGUCUUUCCUAUCCAAAUUACUACACUCUAAUGACAGGGCGUCACUGUGAAGUCCAUCAGAUGACUGGAAACUACAUGUGGGAUCAGAAGUCUAAUACUUCAUUUGAUAUUGGGACUAAUGUAGACAGUCUGUUGCCUGUAUGGUGGGAUGGAUCGGAGCCACUUUGGGUUUCUAUGGAAAAGUUAAAAAAGAAAGCAUCUAUGUAUUAUUGGCCAGGCUGUGAAGUUGAAAUUCUUGGAGUUAGACCCAGUUAUUGCCGUGAAUAUUACAAUUUCCCAUCAGAUGCCAAUUUUACAAAAGCCGUGAAUGAUGCUGUGCAGGCUCUCGGGAAUGGGAACGCUGACAUGGCUGCUGUCUAUUAUGAACGCAUAGAUAAAGAAGGUCAUCACUAUGGACCCUGGUCUGAACAGAGAAAAGAUGCCACUAAGGCAGUGGAUCAAGUGCUACAAAAGCUGGAUCAACAAAUCCGAGAAAGUGGUCUUAAGGACAGUUUAAAUAUCAUUCUUUUCUCGGACCAUGGGAUGACAGAUAUAUCCUGGAUGGAGAAACUGAUAGACCUCAGAAACUAUAUUGACUUUAACGACAUUUUGCAAAUGAAAGACCGAGGUCCUGUGGUGAGUCUGUGGCCUGUGGAGGACAAGCUCUCCAAGGUGUAUGACCAGCUGAAAGAUGUGCAGCACAUGAAUGUUUAUGACAAGGCCAGCAUUCCAGACCGUUUUUAUUACAAGAAAGGAAGAUUUGUACCCCCUUUAACUCUGGUCGCGGAACAGGGCUGGUUCAUAGUUGAGAGUAAAGCGAAACUCCCAUUCUGGAACAAUGGCAGUACGCCCAAUCAAGGCUGGCAGUAUGGAUGGCAUGGCUACGAUAAUGAGCUGAUGGACAUGAGAGGAUUCUUUUUAGCAUCUGGUCCAGAUUUUAAAGUGAACUACAGAGCGGCUCCAAUUAGGUCAGUGGACGUCUACAAUGUAAUGUGCAAAGUUCUAGGCAUGGAGCCACAUCCCAACAAUGGAUCAUGGUCCAGGGUGGAAUGCAUGCUAAGAAGCAAUGCACAGCUGGUGGUCCUGGACAGUUAUUCACUGGUAUCACUUCUCUGCAUGUUUGUAGCAUUAUCAGUUUAGCUAUUUUAUUUUUCCAGAAUUAAUAAUAAGGAACUUUCUAGUGUUUUUAUCCUAUAACAAUAUAUUUUGACAAAAAAUCAUAUAUAUAUUUAUAUUCAAGUGUUUAAUUGUAACAUGUCUUCUUUCACAAUAUUAAAACAUUUUAAAUUGUAAAUAAUGUAAAUAAACUGUCAAAAGAAUAAAUAAAAUUGAAAUUCGA